AGCAAAAGAAGUCUGGAUUAGGCUGUCUGCACAUCUGGAUUUCUGCUCAACAGUGACACUGUUCAGCACCUCAAGCCUGCCAAUGGACAUCAACACUACAGACUUUACUCCUGUCAACCACACCAACACUAGUGACUGCCCCUACACUGAAGGUUGGGAAUGGAUCCGGACCAUGCAGCCCGCUUACAUCCUGUCAAUCAGCGUGCUGGGAAUCCUGGGAAAUGUAUUUGUCUUGCUUGUGUUCUGCCUACACAAGAAGGCCUGCACCGUGGCUGAGAUCUACCUGAGCAAUCUUGCAGCUGCUGACCUCCUGCUGGUCUCCUGUCUGCCCUUCUGGGCCGUCAAUGUGGCCAACGACUUCAACUGGCCCUUCGGAAAACUGCUCUGUCGCUUGGUAAACCUGGGCAUCAAGAUCAACACCUACUGCAGUAUCUACUUCCUGGUUCUGGUUAGCGCUGACCGCUACGUGGCGCUGGUCCACACUAUGUCCCAUGGCAGAAUGCGUCGGCCCUUUUAUGCUAAGCUGGGCUGUUUUUUGGUCUGGGGUUUGGGCCUGUUUCUGGCGUCCCCAACAUUCAUCUUCAGGGCUGUCAAGUACUUCCCAGAGUGGGGGGUGAAUGCGUGUUACCUUGAGUACCCCAAGCAUACAGAGCUAGCGUUUGAAUUGCUGCUUGUAGUCUUUGGGUUUAUAGUCCCCGUGUCAAUCAUCUCUUACUGCACGAUUCAGAUCAUCCAGGCUUUGAAAAGCCAGGCUAUGCAAAGGUUCAACGCCGAGAACACUGAGAGGAAGGCGACUCUACUGGUUCUGACAGUGCUGCUGGCUUUCCUGUUCUGCUGGGUGCCCUUCCACGUGGUCACCGCCCUGGACCUGCUCGUCCGGCAUCAUGUGCUGGAGGGCUGCGAGCUCAGCUCCAUCCUGGAAAUCUGUAACCAGAUCUUCACUUACCUGGCCUUCUUCAACAGCGUGCUGAACCCCAUCCUCUACGUCAUCGUGGGAAAGAACUUCAGGAAGAAAGUGAAGGAGCUGUUUGAGCAGAUGUCGCUGAAGAGGAAGAUGGUUACUGGGUCCACACGGUCACAGCUUUCAGCCACUCUGAAAACCCUGACAUGA